AAAAAAAAAAGGCAAAAUGCAGAGAGAAAUACUGUCACUAUUGUCUGUCUCAGCUUCUCUUGUAAGGGGAACAAAAGGUAAACCAACUUCUCUUGGAAGCUAACGAUAACAAUAACAAAGCGCGCAUGAAUAUUUGCUUCACCAUCCCAUUCUGUCUCUGUCACGAACUCUCCGAUUCAAGUCUCGCGAACACGAGGAUUAAGAGAGAAAAAGGCUCUCUCGGAGAUCUAUUUGGGAAAUUUUGAUCUGCAACCUUUGGUUCCUGAAAUUGGCAAAUUUGCGCCAACAGAAUGGGGACAGAAAGAAGUGAGAAAGACACAGUUGUAACUCAAGUUAGUUUUGGUGGAUUUGAAAAUCAUGUCAAUGCAAAAGAUCUAGUAGCAUAUUUGGAAGAGGUGAUAGGACAGGUUUGGCGGUGUAGACUGAAGACAUCUUGGACUCCCCCAGAAUCCUAUCCAAAUUUUAAGAUAACUGACACUGCAGGCAUCCAUAGAACAAAUGAGUAUAAGAGGGUAGAGCCCCAUGCAUUUGUGCACUUUGCCUUAGCUGAAUCCGCUACAUGGGCUAAGAAUGCUGCAGGGCGCUGUGAGCUCUUCCUCAAUGACAGGCCAUUGAAGGUUAGUCUGGGGCCUGAAAAUCCAUUCACCUUGAACCAGAGGAGGAGAAAAACCAUUCCUUCUAAAUUAUCUGAUGUAUGUAUCGAGAUUGGAAUGAUGGUUAGCCGUGAUGAGUUCUUGGUUGGUUGGAGAGGACCUCCUUCUGGAGUUGAUUUUCUUGUGGAUCCUUUCGAUGGGACAUGCAAGUUUUGUUUCACAAGGGAUACUGCCUUUUCCAUCAAAGACACAAAUAAGCAUGCAGUUAUCAGAUGUGAUUUUAAGUUGGAGUUCUUGGUGAGAGACAUUAAUGAGAUAAAGCAGUACAAAGACACCUCAUACUUAGUUAUCCUUUUGCAAUUAGCUUCAGCACCUUGGGUCUGGUAUAGAACUGCAGAUGAUGACAUUGAAGUGUUAGUCCCAUUUAAUUUAUUGGAUGACGAUGACCCUUGGAUUCGGACCACUGAUUUUACACCUAGUGGUGCCAUUGGAAGGUGUAAUUCUUAUCGAGUUUCAAUUCCUCCUCGUCAUGGUGCAAAGUUGGAGAGGGCGAUAAACUAUCUAAAAGAACGAAGGGUGCAGGUGGACUCCCUCAGACGACCACUUAAGAUUCUGAAUGAACCAGAUUAUGGGAUGCCUAUGUCAGAUCCUUUCUUCUGUAUUCAUCGCAAGGAAGGGAUAGCUUUUGAGAUAGUGUUCCUCGUGAAUGCUGUGAUGCAUAAAGGAAUAUUCAAUCAACACCAACUAUCUGACGAUUUCUUUGAUUUACUGAGAAACCAACCUGCGGAUAUUAAUGUGGCUGCAUUGAAGCAUAUCUGUUCUUACAAGCGACCUGUGUUUGAUGCUCAUAGGAGGCUCAAAGCUGUCCAAGAAUGGUUGCUAAAGAAUCCCAAACUCUUUAAGUGCCCUAAGCAGCUGGAUGAUAUUGUACAAAUUAGGCGGCUGGCUAUUACACCUACUAGAGCUUAUUGCUUGCCUCCUGAAAUAGAACUUUCCAACAGAGUUUUGAGAAAAUAUAAAAAUUUCGCUGAUCGGUUUCUAAGGGUAACCUUUAUGGAUGAAGGCUUGCAGACAAUCAACGCAAACACUCUAACUUAUUAUGUUGCUCCUAUAGUGAGAGACAUCACUUCUACCUCUUUUUCUCAAAAGACCAGAAUCUUCAAAAGGGUGAAGAGUAUUCUGACAGAUGGAUUUUACUUGUGUGGCCGGAGGUACUCAUUUUUGGCCUUCUCAUCCAAUCAAUUGAGGGAUCGCUCUGCUUGGUUUUUUGCUGAAGAUGGAAAAAUUAGGGUUGACCAAAUCAGGAAGUGGAUGGGGAAGUUCACCAACAAGAACAUUGCGAAAUGUGCUGCUCGGAUGGGCCAGUGUUUCUCUUCUACAUAUGCAACUGUAGAAGUUCCAUCAGCAGAAGUUAAUCUUGCGCAUCCAGAUAUUGAGAGGAAUGGUUAUACCUUCUCUGAUGGUAUUGGCAUGAUAACUCCAGAUCUCGCAAAGGCAGUUGCAGAAAAAUUGAAAUUGGACAUUAAUCCACCUUGUGCUUACCAGAUUAGAUAUGCUGGUUGUAAAGGAGUUGUAGCCUGCUGGCCGGCACAAGGUGAUGGGAUCCGCCUGUCUUUGAGGCCCAGUAUGAACAAGUUCCAGUCUAACCAUACUACAUUAGAGAUUUGCUCGUGGACCAGGUUUCAGCCUGGUUUCUUAAACAGGCAGAUAAUAACCUUGCUUUCCACUUUAAAUGUUUCUGAUGAAAUAUUUUGGAAAAUGCAGAUUGCUAUGGUCUCCAAACUGAAUAAGAUGCUAACAGAUGCUGAUGUUGCAUUUGAUGUCAUUACUGCAUCAUGUACUGAGCAAGGUAACACUGCAGCAUUGAUGUUAAGUGCUGGUUUCAAGCCUCAAAAUGAACCUCAUUUACGAGGCAUGCUAACUUGUAUAAGAGCUGCACAGUUUUGCGACCUCAGAGAAAAGGCCAGAAUUUUUGUGUCCUCAGGGAGAUGGCUGAUGGGCUGCUUGGAUGAACUAGGGGUGCUUGAACAAGGCCAAUGCUUUAUCCAAGUGUCCAACCCAUCUUUGGAGACCUGUUUCUCUAAGCACGGCUCAAGAUUUAGUGAGACCAAGAAAAAUCUGCAAGUAAUCACAGGGACUGUAGUGAUUGCUAAAAAUCCUUGUCUUCAUCCAGGAGAUGUAAGGAUUCUGGAAGCUGUUGAUGCUCCGGGUCUGUGCCAUUUGCAUGAUUGUCUUGUUUUUCCGCAGAAGGGUGACAGACCUCACACAAAUGAAGCUUCCGGAAGUGACCUGGAUGGAGAUCUGUACUUUGUGACAUGGGAUGAAAACCUUAUUCCUCCAAGUAAGCAGAGCUGGACACCAAUGCAAUAUGAUGCUGCUGAACCUAAACUCUUGAGUCGUCCAGUCAGUCAUCAGGAUAUUAUAGAUUUUUUUGCAAAAAACAUGGUAAAUGAGAGUUUGGGGGCAAUCUGUAAUGCUCAUGUUGUUCGUGCUGAUUUGAGUGAAUAUGGGGCUCUGGAUGAAAAUUGCAUAAAACUGGCAGAAUUGGCUGCCACAGCUGUUGACUUUCCUAAGACUGGGAAACUUGUAACUCUGCCACAAUACCUGAAACCCAAAAUGUAUCCCGAUUUCAUGGGAAAAGAAGAGUAUCAAUCAUACAAGUCAACCAAAAUUUUGGGAAGACUCUAUCGCGAUAUUAAAGAUGCUUAUGGUGAUGAUGAUGCAGCUGCAUCUUCUGAGCUUAAUUGUUCAUCUGGUGAUAUCCCUUAUGAUACUAAUCUGGAGGUUUUGGGAUCUGCUGAUUACAUUCUUGAAGCCUGGGAUCAAAAGUGCUCAUAUGAUGGACAGCUGAAGGGUCUUCUGGGACAAUAUAAAGUGAAAAAAGAAGAGGAGUUGGUCACCGGUCACAUUUGGUCAAUGCCUAUGUACAAUAGUAGGAAGCUUGGGGAGCUGAAGGAGAGGCUUAAGCAUUCUUACAGUGCACUCAAGAAAGAAUUUAGGCAAGUUUUUGAGAAGAUGGAUUUGGAUUUUGAGCAACUCACAGAUGAUGAGAAAAACUUGCUAUAUGAGAGAAAGGCAUCAGCGUGGUACCAGGUCACUUACCAUCCCAAAUGGAUAAAGAAGUCUCUGGAGUUACAAGAGCCUGAUGCUGCUGGAAAUGCAACAAUCUUGAGCUUUGCUUGGAUUGCAGCUGAUUACCUUGCUCGGAUUAAGAUUAAGCAUAGGGGCACUGAAGGUGUUGACACUGCUAAGCCAGUCAACUCACUUGUGAAGUACCUUGCUGAUCGGAUCUGAGUCAGCUGACCAGCAUUUGAAGCACUUUUGUGGCCGCAAGUCCACUCUGCCAUUGUUUUAUGUUUAUAAUUAUUAAGCUAAAGGUUCUAUUUAGAGGCUGUUUGUUUGAGCUUAAUGAUUGCAGAUUAUUUACUAGAAGAUGUCAUGUUCUGUUUAUCAGUCCUCAGUUUUCAGCAGUUUACAGCUCUGCAUCCCAUAUUCAGUGAUUACAGCCUCUGGUACGAUAUCAUAGAGUUUGACCAUUGAGUAUCAGAUCUUCUACUCAUUAGUACUAGGUCUAUUAAACCACCAAAUUGAUGUAGUCCUUUUGGUUUCUCAAUUUUUCUAGCUUCUACUGUUGAACUGAGGUUUCUGUUUGUGCAAGUCAGGUGCCCUACAUCUAGACUUGGAAUUUGAAACUAGAUGUACGUUUUCUUUCCAUUGUUCCUGUCUGACAUUUGUCUAUGGAGCAGUAGACUAUGCAUGCAUAUGAAACUGAAAGUACGCUAUUUCUAGUAAA